AUGCAUUUCUCCACACUCGUUUUUGCCCUGAGCCUCUCUAGGAGCGCACCCUGCUUUAAAGCCUUGACGGUCGAUCUCAAGUGCAACGAGGCCAUUGUUGACUUGAACGAGACUGGUUGGCAAGGUUCACUCGAGGAUGACGAGGACAACACCAUCACCGAUAGUAUCUGCAGCAAGACCUGCCAUCAAUCGCUCCAGCGAUGGGUCGCGGGUGUUGAGAAGGACUGCAAGGGAGAGAGAAUUGUACUAGCUGAAAGAAUGCCUGGAGGUUGGGAACAGCUUUGCGAUAAGGAUAUUGCGGGGAGGUACUGUAACGAGGUUAUCGACACCUUCCCCGAAACGGAUGAAGACGAGGAAUGGCCCCUCGAGUAUGUCUGCGACCCUUGUUAUGUCAGAUGUCUCUGGAUGUUUGAUCUUUCGGGGUACAGUCCUGUUCAAGGCCAUUUCUUGAAUCAACGCGGCCGAGUCCUACAGGGAUGUCCCAAAAUCGCCAAGAAAGAAGUCCCUGCGACAGAUCUCAAAGGAACGGCAUCAGAAUUAACAGAAUCUGAACAAGCGACUUCGAAAGUUCCCCAGACAGUCAGCGGCGGAAUCAAGACCACUGCAUCUUCAGAGAGUAUUGCAGCCCCAACAACUACUUCAUUAACAGAAAGUACUACAGCUGCACCAACGGAAAGCAAUACAGCGGAGAAGCUUGUAACAGGAUACUUACUGGGCUGUUGGUUUCUUGUGCUGUUCUUGGGAAUAAAUGGCUUUUAA